ACUGGUAAUAAAAGUGCCCGUGCUGCACUCUUAUGUGUCGCAGCAGCUGCAGACGAUUCUGAUAUUUUCCCGACCAAGAUCCUAACUCGACUCAACUUGUGUAGGCAUAAGCACCUACAGGUAAUUAUGGUUGACUACGAACGCCGUCACCACGGGCCCAGGGGUGGACGCAAAAGGCGCUACAGAGAAGAAGAUGACUAUGACCGUCGCCAGAGGCGCAGAUACGAAGAACCUUUGGUUGUGAAGGUUCGAAGGCAGCUAUUGACCAUUGCUGAAUCUGCUGCCAGAAGAGCCGAAGACGAUGUUGUCAAUAUUGCAAAGAGCGUGGCAGAGAAUUACGAAGAUGAGGAGCUGAAACAGACUUUCAUUGAUAUUUCCGUCGAUCUCAUCCUGGAGCAGCCGCUAAAAAUUCCCUUUAUCGCAGCUACGGUCUUGGCUGCUAAUGCCUACAAAACGGAACUUGUGUCAGAUGUCCUCGAGAAAGCGAGUGAAUACUUGCAGCACUACAUCAACACCGGGGCGUGGCGUGAAGUUAAGCUUCUUCUCCGGUUUUUGGGAUGUCUGCAGCUUCUCUUUGAAGGGGAUGGCAUCUUCCCAAUACUAGAAGAACUGUUUGCGCGUGCAGUUGUUCUUCAGACAGCCUCUUCUGAAGAUUUGCUUGGGCUUGAACUUGUGAAAAUAAUCCUCUUCACUAUACCGUACAUAAUGGCCUCCCCGAUAACAGGUUUCGAAGCACAAGCAACCGCUCUUCUUGAGAAGACAGACAUCAUUGCAUCCACACCCCAUGCGUUGGUGGAUUUGGUGAAUCCAUUUAGCUCGGAAUAUGGCACCCCAUUCGUGGCACAGAGUGUAAUCAGCCUGCUUCAAGGUCAGCUUCAACAGGAGGCCAACCGAGAUUGGGAACUCGCAUGUCUUCCCCGGCCGUGGAAGGGUGGACGAGACAGUGAAGAAGAGCAGAAACCCUUGGAAUCCGGUGCAAAGCAUCCAUUUCCUCAAAUAACGGUUCCCGACCCUGUACGAAACGGAUCCAGAGCGCUUUUUCCAGAAGUUUACAUUUCCGUCUACGCCAACCAGGAGUUCGAGACUGUCCCUCCAAUGUCUAAUAUUGCAUCAUCCUUGCUACGAGACGCCCUCGUUGACACUAUCAAUAUCCUUGAUUUUAAUCGCAUUGCUACGGCUAAAUAUCUCAUCGACAUUGACUGUUAUUUUACACCACAUACUUUCGUGAAGCGUGCAACACCCUUUGACAGAUUACGCGACGUCCCUGCAGAUCGCCCAACCUGGAAGCCGGAAGAUGUGGCUGUGGAUGCAGUAUUCUCUCAGUUGUUCCAGCUUCCUUCUCCGGAACACAAACUCGUGUACUAUCACUCGGUUCUCACAGAGUGCUGCAAGAUUGCGCCGGCUGCCAUCGCCCCAAGCUUGGGGCGCGCAAUUCGUUUUCUCUAUCGCAGUUUGGAAACGAUUGAUUUAGAUCUCAGCCAUCGAUUCUUGGAUUGGUUCGCGCACCAUUUGAGCAAUUUCGGGUUCACAUGGAAAUGGAGUGAAUGGAUCGACGACCUUGAACUUUCAUCGGUUCACCCAAGAAUGGCCUUUAUUACUGGCGCGCUCGAUAAAGAGAUCAGGUUAAGCUUUGCUCAGCGCAUCAGGGGAACACUUCCAGACCCCUAUCAAGAUUUGAUUACGGAAGGGAAGGAAAAGGAUACUCCCGACUUCAAAUACUCACUCGAUACCAUCCCUUAUGCCAACGAAGGCACAGAAAUCAUGCAACUCAUUCGCAAGAAAGCCACCGACGAUGAGAUCCAGCCAAUAAUCAAUGUUAUUGAAGAGCAGGCUAAGUCGAUGGGAGUCGAUGACCCUAUGCUACCUUCAACGGAUGCCAUUGUCACUGCGAUUUGCUUUGUUGGCUCGAAAUCACUUUCUCACGUCCUUUCUUGCAUUGAGCGGAACAAAGAACGACUCUUGGCCAUCGGUCCCAAAUCCCCUCGUGCACGUCGUCAGAUUAUAACCUCUGUUAUGGAAUAUUGGGUCGAUCAGCCAGGAAUCGGCAUUAAUAUCAUCGACAAGCUUUUGAAUUACACCAUUCUGACGCCGUUGUCUGUCAUCGAAUGGGCAUUGGUAGACAAGCUGGAGACAGGAACGAUCUUGGCAAGAACACACAUCUUCGAGAUGAUAUCAGCCACUGUCGGAAAGGUAACCAACCGUCUACGACAGAUUGUUGCUGCACGAACUCAGCCGGGCCUGUAUGAACCGCAGUUAAGUGUGCUAGAUGAAACCUUGAACCGCGAAAAGGCGGACAUGCAAGCGCUCUUCAAGGUGAUUGAGGAUUCAAUCGUUCCAGUGGCAAGAGGUAAUAACGGCGAGUUCAUGGAAAGGGGUGAUGGGAGUGGCGCUUUGUCAGAGGAUGAAAUCAUCCGACAAUGGGGCUAUCGGUGGCUAAGGGUGUUCAGGCGAAAAGCAGGCGUUGAGGAUUCAUUCAUUGCUGAAGUCAUGGCCACUGCAACUCCUGUUGGAACAACGGCGCCUCCCCCCCAGGGAGACAUGGCUGUGGAUGCCUCGGCGGAUGGAGACCUAGAUGUCGCGGAUGGAGAUGGAGCUGUAGAUGUCUCAUGAGACACUCUUAUGGAUGAGAUGCAAGCUUUUGCAUCUGGGCCUCUCUCCCGACUGUAUUCGUCCAUCGCUUGGAUGUUGUACUUAAUGGAGAAUAACUGUAUUCCUGUAUUCAUGUGCUUUCCAGGAUCAAGAAAAUCGUGUUUCAGCCACACUUUUGGACUAGUCUAAUCAACUCACCUAGUGUCAUGUCAGGGUUUAUCCCAUACAUCCAUCAGCCCACUCAUAGUUUUGAU